AUCAAGGACAAGAAGAAGAAGAAGAGCCAUCAUAGUUUUGGUGUUGCAGUGGCUGUUAGCUCACCACAGGCUGUAUUUAAAGAUAAUUAAAAACAAAACCAUAAGGAGCAUUACAGUGUGUGUGUGUCCCGCGGGUAGUGGACAAUGUCUACACGGGCUCUGCGAAGGCUCAGGGGCAAGCAGCGGGGCCAGGAGGCCCUGGACCUGGAGGAUCUAACUUUGGCUGACAGUCCGGAGGAGCAGGCUGAGGCUGAGCAGCUGGACGUGGCCGAUGCUCCUGACCCGGCUGAGAGGAGAGACAGCAACCGGAAGGCGAAGAAAAACAAGGCUCAGAAGAACUUCAGCAACAUCUAUGAACUGAUAUGCGAUGUAGACAAUGAGGCAGAGAAAAUCUCACCUGAUGAAGAGACAGAGAAACCAGAUGGAAAUAAAGCAAGCGGCGUGGAGAAUGGAAUUGCAGACAGUGACAAAGCAGAUCUAAAGCAACAGGACACGUCUACAAAGCCUGUGGCUGGAGACAGAGUUAAAAAGAGGAAGAAAAAGAAGAAGACAAAAGUGGCAUCAGAGGAUGGACAGAACGCUGUAGCAGAUGACAACAUUGAUGUACUGCUGGAGAACUUGGAGCAGCCCAACGGUCUGAGUUUGCAGAAUGAAGAUUGUGGAGGCUCUGACAGACGAUCUGUGUUACAUGUGGAGCACAGGAAUCUCAACUCGGAAACGGAGCUGAAGAGAUAUUUUGGGGCUCGAGCUGUUCUCGGGGAUCAAAGACCUCGACAUAGAAACAGGCAGUUUCACCGUAGCACCUGGAUGACGAGUCCCAAGGACAGCUGGCCUCGCUUCAGCCGCACAGGAAUCUCAAUGACUUUACUGCAGUCAAAGGAUGGCAUUCAAUACUUCACCUUUGAGCACAGCCGGGACUACCAACAAGUACAGUUCAAGUUCCUGGAUGCUGUUGAGUCCAUGGAUCCCAAUAACAUAGUGGCCCUGCUACAGCUUAACCCUUACCACAUUGACUCCCUGCUGCAGCUUUCUGAUGUCUGUCGCAUACAGGAAGAUCAGGAGAUGGCCAGGGACCUCAUUGAAAGAGCCUUGUACAGCUUUGAGUGCGCUUUUCACCCUUUAUUCAGCCUAACAUCAGGUACCAGCAGACUUGAUUAUCUAAGACCGGAAAACAGGGCAUUUUAUCUUGCUCUCUAUAAGCACAUGAUGUUCCUGGAGAAGCGAGGAUGCCCACGGACUGCCUUGGAGUACUGCAAGUUGAUCCUAAGUUUGGAUCCAGACUCUGACCCACUUUGCAUGCUCCUGCUCAUUGAUUUCCUGAUGCUGCGAUUUAGAGAGUACCAGUCUCUCCUCCAGUUAUAUCAGGACUUGGAGGAGCAGAGAAAUCUGUCCCAGCUGCCAAACUUUGCAUUCUCCACUGCACUUUGCCAUUUCCAUCUCAGCCAGCAGGAAGACAUGGAUCCUGAAGAAAGGGACACAUUAAGAUGCAAAGCUGACCAGAUGCUGCAGAACGCACUCAUCAUGUUCCCCGGAGUCUUGAUGCCUCUGCUGGAUCUGUGCACUGUGCAGCCAGAUGCCUCAGUCACCUCACAUGCUUUCUUUGGCCCAAAGAGUCAGAUAAGUCAGCCGCCAGCUCUGGCUGAACUCACAGCUCUGUAUGUGGGGAGGACUUACAACGUGUGGAGGGAGGCAGCAGUGAUGCUUUGGUUGGAAGAGUCUGUGCAGGAAGUGUUACGUCGAGUUGAUGCCAAAGACCCUCUAGUGAUGGACUGUCAGAAUAAGCGAAAGCAGAGGUACCAGAGUGCACCGAGGAACAUCCAUCGCCACAUCCUACUCUCUGAGAUCAAGGAAGCCACCUCAAGUCUGCCUCUAGAGGUGACCACUCAGCCUGUGAUGGGGUUUGACCCUCUACCUCCACUGGACUCAGUGAUAUCAUAUACCCGACCAGAGAGGCAGCAUGUUGGCGCGUCCAACGAAAGCACGCUGUCGCUGUUUUUCCGGUCUCUGUUGCCAAAUUUCAACCUUCAGGGUGGACUAAGGCAGGAGGAUGAUAUGGAAGUGGCACGAGCUGGUCAGGAGCUGAACCAGGAGGUGAAUCGUCUCAUGGUGGCAAUGAGGGACAUGUUGGCAAACAUCAGGUUUCAAGAGCCGCCAAGAGAGGACAACCAGGAGGACAACCCCUACAGAGAUGAAGAUGAGUGGGACUGAGAGGACGGAGACCGAGGUGGAAUAAGUGCUGAAGAUUGUCAAGUAGAAAUAAUAAACUUAAGAAAAUGAAAAUGUAAAUACCUAAUGAUAAUGGACGGGGAGAACUGAAUGGUAUUUUACUUUUUUUUUUAAUUCUCGAGAUUUCAGAACACUAAAGGAACACAUGACUUGUGUCUUGAACCUGUUCCCUUCUCUGCUCUAGAGGCAUUGAUUAAAAAUAGAAAAAAUUACUCAGGGGUGAUUCAGUCAGUUGUGAUCAUGCGGAACCUUUUUCCAGAGUCAAAAUAAAACAAACUGAUUAGAAAGUAAUUCAAAAGUUUGCCCUUUCUAACAUUUCAAGUCAUUGUGAGUUGAGCAGCACCAACACAGAAUAGCUGCUACUCUUCUUUCUCUUGUUUAUGGCUUUUGGCCAAACAGUGGACUGCUUCAUGAAAGAAUAAAGUUCAAAGAUGUAGUGUGGCUCUGUUUCACAAAAAUUGCAA